AUUUGAUGACAUGAAGAUGAUCUCAAACCCGUAACGAUAAAAAUUUCUUGGAGAAAGACACCAGGUGGUAAAAUAACUUGUAGAGUCAGUUUUCUUCUCAUUUGGAACACCACAGAAAUCAUUUUAAUGACAUUAAAACGCAGGCUGACUUUGACACAUCAAUUUGUGAUAUUAGGGUGAUAUACAAAUCAAGAAUGUUUUGUCCUUAGUACACUUACGGAGAAGAAAUAUUUAUUUCUGAUAUUAUUUGAACUAUGCAGACGUGUACGUUAUUGUCCAGUCACGGACAAGUCGUUUGAACGGAAUACGCAAGCAACUCUUAAACGCUGGUAAAAUUCAAUGUCUUUAAAGGAACACUGAAUCAUUUUUGAUAAUGUGGAUAUAUACGAUCUCCUAUAAUCAGAAUCUAUAUUUCUUUAAAUACAAACUCGCAAACUACAUGUUCCCAUGUACAAGAGUUUAAGAAAGAUAGUAUGCCGACACUGCGAUAACUCAGAAUUCGACAAUAAAACACCGUUCACAGAACUGACUUCAUAAACAUUCAAAUUAAUCCCACGAAUCUUUUACUCAACACAAAUCAACAUCACCAAAUUCCAAGUGUAAUUUUGUGAAUAACGAUGGCUGGACCCCAAAUUUAUCGUCUGUUUAGAAUAUUUCAAGUAUUCCUUUAUCUAACAGUUGUACUGAUUAAAUAUGGUGUAUCUCAACUAUUUGAACGUGUCACCGUACAAGAAAAUAUCCCUCUAAACACUGUGAUAUUUGAUUUGAGACCAGUGUUGGAACGACAUUUAAAUGGUGGACUGUCCCCACCAUCUUCACCUUUAAUGCCAUCCAUCAGCAACGUAACUGCAUUUGCAAAUCAACAAGAAACCUUUUGGCCGUUUAUAUUGGAUGACUUUUUAAUUAAGUUAGCUAAACCACUUGAUCGUGAAGUGAUUUGUCUUCUACAGACCGAAUCACUGAGGCAUUCAUUCAGUCGAGUUGAAACAAAAAUCACAUCUUACAGUGACACAAGUCAAGUUUGCCUACCUGGAGCUUGUUGUCAACUGCUACACGUGAACAUAAUCACAAGUCCAACGGAACUUCCUACACCAUUCUACAUACAAGUAGCAGUACAGGAUGUAAACGAUAACACACCUCGAUUUCCACCAAUGCAUGUACCAUACAUUGUGGUUAGAGAAGAUAUUAAAAUGGAGGAGAAAAUUUGGUUACCACAGGCGUUUGAUGCAGACAGUGUACAGUUCAGCGUUGCGGAAUAUCGUACAGUUAAUUGGAUUCAUGGAAAUCAAAGUCAUUUUCAAAUAGGUGUUUCAGAUUCAGGUGACAUUACUGACGACACAGAUAGGGGACUAGACAAAUUUUCAGGUGACACUAAUAUAAAUACUCAUUUAGGCAGGCCUUAUUUGACAAUAACUGAAACACUGGAUCGAGAAGUAGUUGAUCACUACUCCUUUACACUGAUCGCCAUAGAUGGAGGUGGAAAUAAUUUAGUUGGCAGUGCACUAGAUAAAAAUAAGGCUCUAACCGGAUCUGUGAGUGUUGUUAUUAAAAUCUCAGAUGUUAAUGAUAAUCCGCCAACAUUUGAACAGAACACAUAUCGUGCUGAAGUAGCAGAAAAUUCAAUGAAUUCACCAAUCAUUGAAUUCAAUUUAGUUGAUCGUGAUAUUGGUGAUAAUGGUCGAGUGACAUUAGUCAUUGAUGAUCCCACUGGACAAGCUCAACAACUCUUCCGUAUUGUCUUACAACCCAGUCAGAGUUUUAAUUCGAAAGUGUACAAUCACCCUGGAUUGCAGAGUUCGUAUUCACAGCAUAAUAUUCCAGCAACAACUCACUAUAAAGGUUCGCUACAAGUUAAUAGCCCACUGGAUGCUGAAAGACAUCAGACGCUACUAAGAUUCCACCUGAUUGCAAGUGAUCAUGGUCAACCAGUAUUAAGUUCUCGAUGUGAAAUACAAAUACGUAUUAUUAACGUUAACGAUAAUCCUCCAAAAAUCGUAUUUUUAAAUAAUGGUAAAAGAAUAUCUGAUGAACGUACUUCAUUACCUGAGGUUGAAACGCCACAAAGAGCUAUAGUCGCUCUGGUUCACGUGACUGAUGAUGACUCACCUGUUGAACAAAUCAGAUGCCAUUUACUUAAAGAAGAUGAUACAUUUUCAUUUGAGGAAACGGGUGGAACAAAUUUUCUUGCACAUCAGCAAACUCAACAAGCAUAUAAUUUAUUUAGUGAAACAAUUGGUAUUCAUUCCACUUAUAAACAGUAUGUCAUUCGAACAAGAAGAAGUUUAGAUCGGGAGGAAAAAGCUUUUAUUCAAUUAUCGUUGAAUGUAUAGAUGAUGAGGGUCCAUUUGCAUUAUCAAGAAAUGCGAGUUUACACAUUACUAUAACUGAUGUAAAUGAACACAAACCAAUAUUUACGAAAAGCGUGUACACUGGUCAAGUAAUUGAAAAUCAACUUCACGCUGAAGUACAAAUGAUGACACCAAUUCAAGCAAGUGAUGCUGAUUUAGGUGUAAAUGCCUUAAUUACAUACAGUUUACUCAAUCCAAAUAAAUCAACCCCAUCUUCGACAAUAAAAAUUACUAACACAUUGGAUUCAACUUCAAUAUCAUCAACAUCGAUAUUCGAUAAUUAUGUCAAUAGUACUGCAUUCUUUCGAAUUGAUCCAAUUACCGGUAAAAUAUGGACCAUUCAGUCACUGGAUUGUGAAAAUCGCAGUGAAUAUCACUUGAUAGUUGUUGCCAAAGAUUCUGGAGUACCAAUAUCACUUUCUUCCAGCGCAAGUGUAAUAAUCACCGUAGAAGAUGCUAAUGAUAAUGUACCAGAGUUUGUAAAUACACAUUAUCUAUUUGAGGUGAGCAUUCGCUUGUAUUUAUUAACAUGAUCACAAGUUAGCGGCUUUUGAUGAAUUUAUAAUUAACAUUCACUGUUACUUGACUUCAACUUCGCCUGGUUAACUAGUUCACUUGUUACUAGCCGGUCAUAAACCCAGGUAAAGAGGGAAGGUUGGGCAUAGGGCCAGCAACCCUACCCCCUAAAACAAAUCCAACCGCUAAACAAACUUCAAAGCAC